GUUGCAUGUUGGACUUUAACUUGAGCCUUUAACUUGAGCCUUGAAGCGCGUGCAUAUCUCUAAUUAUUUCACAAUGUUUUUAAACGAUGCGGCACCUGUUUGCGAAUGUUGCAGAAAACGGGUAGAGGAUUGCUUGCCUUGCUGUUGAUAGUGUUGGAGUGGACCCGGCCAAGUCUACCAUCACCGCUGAGGCCAAUCUGUGACCUGAGGGUCUUGAACCAUUUCAUUAAGGAAGCACGAGACGCAGAAGUCGCUAUGAAGUCAUGUAGAGAAGGAUGUAGCCUGUCAGAGUCUGUCACUGUUCCCCAAACCAGAGUUGAAUUUGAUGUCUGGGAGAAGAAAAAUGCAUUGGAGCAAGCCCAGGAGGUCCAGUCUGGUUUAUGGCUCCUACAACAGGCCCUCAACUUGCUACGGACCUCAGUCACCAACACAGCACUGCACAGCCACAUAGAUAACUCCAUCAGAAACCUGGUCAGCAUUAAUGCUGUGCUGCGUAGCCUCAACAUCCAGGAAUAUACCCCACCAGCAAGUGCUGCAGGGCUUGAGGGAACAUGGACGGCGUCCUCCGCAACAGAUUUGCUUCAAGUCCAUGUCAACUUCUUGCGAGGCAAAGUGCGCCUCCUCCUUUUGGAUGCGCAGGCUUGUCAGCAAGAUGUCAGCUGAUCAGCUGAUCUCCCUACUCCAGACGAAGCUAAUUUGUGUUUCCGAAGGCAAGAGAAGGGACUUGACACUGCUGACCUGCACGUUGGCUGCUGGAAGCGGUGUGGAAAGAAAGGAAAGAUACAGCCGUCCUCACAUAAGAGGAGGAAGCUGAUAGGAAAAGACAGGACAGGACAGGACCAGCAAGGCUUUGGAUGGACAGGAGAUGAUUGCACCUUGGAAUGUAGAUGUGAAACAUGGACAUGGUGAAGCACACACUGACCAAAAUGAAGCCUAUGGGAAGCACUGCUCCAAUAGCUGUUCUACUGGCACUCUCUUGCACUUUGUUUGUGGAUGUUAGUCUGCACGUUUAAAUCUGUACGUAGUAUGUAUGUGUGUGUUUCCAGUGAGUUUUGCCCUUACACUCACCCCUUUAGAGUGAUUUGUGGAGUGAAACACCCAGAAAAUAUUGAUUGCACCGGGAAAUUGGAGGACUGUUGGGUUGCAACAGACCAUCCAUUUCCCAUAAUACUGCAAAAAUGAAUGAGGCCUCACCCCACAAGCCUUUAACAUUUUUCCAACCAUGCCUCACUGAAACAUGAGUCUCUUUUCCUGUUUUUUUUUUUUGAUUAAUAUUUUAAUAUUUUUUUAAAAGUUGUGUAAUUGCUAUUUAUACAAAUUUUCUACUUUUAAGUCUUUGUAUUUUUUGUGUUGAUUUUAGUUGGGCUCUCGUCGCCAUGUUCUUCUGUAACACUGAACACAUUUGCAAAGCUGUUUAACAUCAUUCGCAAUGGCACGCUGCUGUUAGUUUCACGUCGCAUGUUCAAGGGACUAAAAAGUUGAUGCAGAGGUUCUGUUACAGUGAACGAGGGAGCAAGAGGUCAAUGAGGAGGAGGGUGGAGGCUUACAUGAGAACUGUGAAGUUGUUUUAUUAUUAUCUGUGUUUUUGUUUCUGCCUUACCAACACUCAACCAGUCUCUACAGGCAGUCUGAUAGCCAGACUGCCUGGGAAAAUGCUGUUUGGCCUUUGCAAUUAACAUCCUGUGAGCCUGUAAUUGCAAAUAGUUUUCCAGAAUCUGACGCUAACGCUGUCUCUUUCCUCCCUCUAUUGUUCGUCAUCAAAUGGCAAGCAGGCAAUCAGUUAGUCCUGGGAACUUGAGGCUCUCUAUAAAAUGGAUGUUCAACUAUUUCAGACGAGUUAAGUGUUCUUCCUUGUUUUUUUUCCGUAUUUUUAAAUCUUGUUGUGCAAGAGCAAGAUGUUUUUAAGGAUGUUUGUACAUGUUUUCUUUCCUGUUAUUUCUGUGUUGUUUUGUCCCAUCACUGUAUAAUUUGCUAUUUAAAUACAAAAUAUUAUUCUUGGAUAAAGAAAGGAUAGAUGGAAACACAACAAGGGGAAGUCUGUCCAUUUCAUUCAUUAUCUUCAUCUUGUUCACGUCAGUGGAAUUAACAAGCUUCUGCCGUUCAGAUGCUGAAUGCAAGCUGCUAUCACAGACCUUACUCUGCAUAAAUGAUAGUCAUUUAAUCCUGAUCAAAUGUCGCUGCCCUUGAUGCAGAGGUGAUAGUUCAAGAUACAUUCCAGCUAAUUUUUAUUUUAGUCAAAUUAAGUAC